ACUUGUGUUCUUAUCUGAUCUGGUGCGUAUAUCACAGGACUAUGUUUCAUCAAUCAGGAUUUUGAUGUGGAGGUUUGUGGCUGUACUUUGUCUCAACAUUCAAAACGAGAAUACCAAUAGUCCUCUGCCUCUUCCUGGUCGAUGCUGGUGGUGAUCGGGGUACUGCUUCCACUGCUGUAACAAGCUGUACCAGGGGGCUGACACUGUAUUUCUACAUCAUCGUGUCUGUGUUCAAGUGUGUUGUGAGCAUGCUAUGAGUGGAAAAUGACUUGAGCUGUGACUGGGAGAUGCAGCGACCGUUUGAAGACUUACGGCGCGAUGUGCGGCAGGUCGAGAAUGAAAUUGAUGUUAAGCUUGUGUCUCUGAGCAAGCUAGGGACAAGCAUUCAGAAUGCCGGCGCCUGGAGCAAUGGUGAUCCGCUUUCCAGUCACUCGAGCAGUACAACAUGUGAGGCUAUGGCACUUGAGAUUGAGCAGCUCAUCAAUAAAUUGACAUCGCUGAACGAUCAGCUGGCUGAGUCGGCGGGAAACGUCAGUCAAGUCUCGUCCAACAGCGCGGCAGUAGAGCGUGCCGUGGCUCGGCACACUGGCAUUCUGCAGGGCUACACGCUGGAAUUCGACAAGAUCAAGUCGAGGAUUCAUAUCGAGCAGGAGAGGGCCGACUUGCUGGGGUCGGUUCGCCGAGACAUAGCAGCGCACAAGUCGUCCGGAGUUGAUCGCCAGACGGCGCUCUAUAUGGGAGAGCACGAACGUCUUCUUUCAUCUGAUCGAGUAGCAGAUGAAGCAUUGGGGGUGGCUGUUCGAGCGCGUCAGAGUUUGGAAGCACAGCGACGGCGACUGCUGAACAUCACUGGAAGUGUCAGAAACUUGCUGAAUCGAUUUCCUGCCAUCAACAGCCUGGUGGGCCGCAUCAAUGUGCGCAAGCGUCGUGACAGCAUCAUCCUUGGCAGCGUGAUAGCCGUGUGCAUCAUUGUCCUCUUCCUUUUCAUGUAAUACUAUUUAUUGGCGCAUCCGCUGGCUGCGGUGCUUGCUGACCGGGUGACCGGUAGCCUUCAGUCCAUCCUGCUGCUGCUGCUUAUCGAGCACUAGCACAGGGACUGCCUGCCAUUGAGCUUUUUAAAAGCUGUCCAUGUACAAAUUGUAUUCACCCGUCCCACCAUGCGAUUCUAUACUCUCUUUCUAUUCUGCUCUUUCUGUUCAUGAUUGCAUGAGCGACCAUAGCCAUGCGUCUUCUCCAGCCCUGCGAGUCAUGUGCCCGACGAAAGUGCAACAGUGCUUGCUUGGUGCGCCUUUCGUUGAAUUCUAUCCCGUUUAACUUGACGAGGAUAACUUUUACAAGUACACAAAGUGGCGGCAGAGUGCAGUGCACCUUGACUGACGAGCGGCUCCACGCUGUACACGUACAUGUACAUCAGGCGUAUCAGUGAACAUACUGUUGUUAUUGCAUAUCUUAUUCUUGUACAAUAGUUGAAUGCACGUUGUUGGCCCAAUAGCUGGACAUGACGUAUCCGUAUACUGACAUAUGUCUGUAUUAUAUUCAUUGUUUAAAUUUGUUUUCAUAUUAAUUUAUCUGCCAAUAGUUUGCACAGAAGGCUGAAUAUGCUCUUAUGUUUUUUUUCUAUAAUCAUUUAAUGUGCUGAAUCUCUCCAGGUCUCCUAGCUUAUAUUUUAUAGACGUGCUCGCUCGCUUUA